UGUAUAGUGAUAACUCACCGCCCAUUGCACGUUUUAGUUAUGACAAAAUUGUGUAUACCAUAAAAAUAAUGGCAGACGGGAGAAAUCCAGGGGUGUCUCGCCCUGAAAGGGGUGACAUUCGUGUUGAAGAUUUGCACUUGGACCGAGUGGUCUCAUCUCAGCCUGAAAUCGGACCAACACCACCUGAUGGCGGUUAUGGGUGGUUAAUAGUGGUGUCUGCUAUGGUUUACCAUGUCACUGUGCCGGCAUUAGUGACAUUAUACGGACUGAUCAUUCUAAAAGCUGUGCGUCAGGACGGCCAUGAAGACGAUGAGAAAAUAAAAAUAUGGGAUGUGGAUAUAGCCCUAGUGCCAGUUAUAUGUUUAGUGGUAAAGCUGCUUUUGGAGUCAUGGAGCCGGGCAGUAGUGAAAGUCUUCAACAUGCCCAGGUUCAUGGCUUUGGCAGGGCUGUGUCUCACAGUGGCAGGGGUAUUACUGUCAAGUUAUUCAACGGAUGCUGACAGCAACGAUAAAAUUGUGAAUAUUUUUGCGGGACUGUUCAUAGGCAUGGGUUGCGCACUCACAGGCAUGCAGACGGAAGUAAUCCUAACGAUCUACUUCAGAGACAACCUCACGAUCGCCCAGCGGUUGGUCAGGAUAGCGCCAUCUAUCGGCAACUGUAUCGUACCCAUUGUAGUCGGGUACUCACUCACUAAAUACACAGGCGAUGUCGUAGUCAUGUUAUAUGGAGCCAUACUAAUGCAAAACUGCUUCUUCCUAGCCGCUUACACCAGACCUGUUUACAUAGAAAAAGUGAUAAGGACUACAUACAGAAGAAUCAUUGACGCCGGUGAUGAUGAUGAUGAAAUAAUAUUCUCAAAUCAAAGUCGGAGCGAACCCCCAACUGUCACACAAGUCACUGAAGGCCCUAGCACCCAAGAAGACCCUACAGAUGUAGUUGUUUUCAACUCCAGAAUAAACGCCAAAGAAAUAUUAGACCCAGAUGUUCAACAACGCGAAAGAGCAAUUUCCAACGAGCGAAGAUUCUCAUCAGACUUCAGUGGAAUGUACAAUGAUAAUAAUAGGUUUUCGUCUGAUUUUGGAACCUUAGAUAUAACCAGUUAUAGCAGGAUUGGGCCAUAUCAAGAGUUGGAGAAUAUAGAUAGGGAUGCGCAAAAUCCUCAACCUUUAUAUAGGGAGACUACGGUCAAUGCUCCUGAUGAAAACUUGGUGUUUUCCUCUGAUAUGACAGUAGGUACUGCGAGGCGGACGGCCAUGUUGAAGAAGCACUUUAUCACUGUGGCUAAUAUGCUGGUGGAUGUUAAUUUCUAUUUGUACACUGUGCUACAUUUAUGCACGACAUUCUCAACGCUCGUGCUUUUGUUAUUUUUCCCGAUAUUCUUUUGGGAGAAGAAUCCUUCGCUGAAUAUUUGGGGGGUGACACAAAUGGUGACCGUAGCGCACGGGCUGGCGCUCUGCUUCAUCUUGCUGUGCGUGCUGCUUCCGCAGACCUUCAACCACAAGGCGCGGCUGUGCAGCGCGUGCUGUGUCAUCGGCGGCGCCGCUUUUUAUGGCAUAACUCUAUCAAACAGCAUGAGUUUCCUAGUCUACUGGUGCAUAGUAGCGGCUGCAUCCACGACUGCAUCAUCCAUACUCCAGCAGCCACUAUACAACAGCACGCUCAACGAAUUCUCGCGCACGGCGACCAUAACCUUCGCGAACACGAUCGCAGCCGUCUGCAUAAUAGCCUGGGCUUUGAUGAGGAAUUAUUUUUUAAAUACUUGCUUCCUCACUGCCAGUAUUUUGCAGUUUUUUACUGCCGCGGUAUUCUUUGUAGCCUCUUUUAGGAGGCAACGGUAGAUGACAUACGAUUUGCAUUAAUAGUAAGUUAUUUAAUUACCAUUUAGGCUUGUUUCACCGAUAAAGUUCUAUUUAUUUAACCAAACCUACAUACAAACUUAAUUUGUCGAACAUAUGCCGAUAUAAUAAUCGUGUUUCAAAAGAAUUAGGAUUGGACUAACUGGCUAAUGAUAUAACCUCAGCAUAGACGACCAAAAAUAUCAUAUAUCUAGUAGUAAAUUUAUUUGUCAGAUUACAAUUAACUAAUUCAUUUUAUCAGAAAGUGGUGAAACAGGUGAACAGUGGUAAUUAAUUUUAUCAGAAAGUGGUGAACAAUGCAUUAUUUUUUUAUACUGGAAUUAAAAAGGAUGUGCACUGCA